AUGCUGGGCCUAAUCGGGAAAAGUUUGCUCAAUGUCUCGAGGAACCCUCUACUACGAGUAGCACAUACACCAACUCUGCAUUUUUCAGCUUUACGUGCUGUAAAUGGACCUAGCUAUAGUUCUUUGGGAGCUACAUAUCAAGGACUUGGUAUGCUGUCACAAAUGAGGGCCUUUUCCACAACGUUGCCAUUAUCGGUGAAACGAAAGAAAAAAUAUAAAUUGAAGACGAAUCAUGCGGCUGCAUGGCGAUGGAAGGCUUUGGCAAAUCGAUUGUUCAAACGGAGAAAGGAAGGAAAAUCGCAUUUUAAUGUCAAGAAAUCUGCUGCACGACUAAACCGGUUAGGCAAAGGGGCUCUUGCAGUCCCAUAUCACGUUCGGACCUUGAGAAGACUCCUACCCUACGCAUAA